GUGUGUGCAAGGUGGUGACAGUGCUUGUCCUGCCUCCUCUUUUCCAGGGAAGAUCUGGCUUAUCUUCAUGAUCCUCCUGAGGAUGGUGGUGAUUGUUGUGGCCGGGUCCCCAGUCUACCAGGACGAGCAGGAGCGGUUUGUGUGCAACACUCUGCAGCCAGGGUGCGCCAAUGUCUGCUAUGACAUCUUUUCCCCGGUGUCCCACCUGCGCUUCUGGCUGGUCCAAAGCGUGUCUGUCCUCCUCCCUUCCGCGGUUUUCAGUGUCUACGUGCUGCACAAAGGAGCCGAGCUCGCCGUCCGGGGAUCCUGCAGGCUAGAUGGCGGUCCCGGGGCCCAGGACCCCGCGGACCCGAGUCCUGGGGAUAGUCACUGCCCGCCGCACUACCGGGAGGGGCGCAGCCUGGUGGUGCCCGACUUCUCCUCCGGCUACAUCGUGCACCUCUGUCUGCGGACUCUGACGGAGGCAGCUUUCGGGGCCUUUCAUUACCUUCUCUUCGGAUUUUCGGUCCCCAAGAGGUUCUCCUGCUCCCACUCUCCCUGCUCCGGCGCGGUGGACUGCUACGUCUCUCGGCCCACGGAGAAGUCCAUCCUGAUGCUCUUCCUCUGGGCGCUCAGCGCGCUCUCCGUGCUGCUCAGCGUGGCCGACCUGCUCUGCAGCGCGCGCAGCAGGACGCGUGGGGGACCCGGCCUCGCCGUGGGCCACCCCGGGAGGAGGCCGGGUCCUGCGACCCUGGUCGGGCCGUGGGAGGAAAGGGCAGCGCUCGAGCACCCUGGCUCGUGGACCGCAGGGCACGGUGCCCACAGCCCCAGUGGUCAGUCCGCUGUGUCGGGGCGGAUGGAGCUUCCAGAUGAGGAUGAGAGUGAGGGGCUGUCUUCAGCCAGCGACAAGCUGCCCAGGGCUUGCACUGAGCCUGGGGGCAGGUCCCAUAGAGAGACCCCUCAGGACGCCAGCAGCGAGCAUCCCUUAACACCCUGCAGCCUGCCGGCCAGGCACUGCCCGGCCAGUCCGCGGCAGCCCCUCACUCGGCGGGCCGGCACUGGGAGCGCCCCGCUCCUGGGAACGAAAAGGUCCGAGUGGGUGUGAAAAGGACGGCCAGGCAGCGCAGCGACGGGCGCUCCAGUACCGGGGCCACCGUCCUGUCCCAAAGGAGACGGGGACCCGAAGAUGCAGCAUCACCUUGGCACGUGGGAAACGUUCCCUCUGCAAUGUUCCUGGAGAAUAUCAACAGGCAGAAAGGCUAGCUGGCCGGGACAAAUGGGAGACUCAG